AUGACUCGAUCUUGGACGGUGUUGGUGACUGGAGGAGCUGGCUUCGUCGGUGCACACACCGUCAUACCCAUGCUAAAUCACGGUUACAACGUUAUCGUUUUAGAUAAUCUCCCGUCGGCGAAAAAACCGGAAGUUUUGAAAAGGAUCGAACACAUAACGAAUAGGGAAAUUUUAUUUUACAACGUGGAUUUGGGGGAUCGUGACGCUUUGUUUUCCAUUUUCAAUAAGCAUUCCAUUGAUUGCAUUAUACAUUUUGCUGCGCUCAAAGCCGUCGGAGAAUCAUGCGAAAAACCUUUAGAAUAUUAUAAAAACAACGUCAUAGGAUCGAUUAAUCUUUUAGAGGCUAUGAAAGCUCACAACGUUAAGAAAAUUGUUUAUUCGUCUUCGGCGACAAUUUACGGUACACCCAAAUCCCUACCCAUCAAAGAGGAUCAUCCCACCGGUCAGAAUUUGACUAAUCCGUAUGGUAAAACGAAAUUUUUCGUCGAAGAAAUGAUGAAAGAUUUAUGCGGGAGCGACGGGAGUUGGUCCGUCAUAUCUCUAAGGUAUUUCAAUCCCGUGGGAGCUCAUUCGUCGGGACGAUUGGGAGAAGAUCCGAUGGGAAUUCCGAAUAAUUUGAUGCCUUUUAUUUCGAAAGUCGCAGUUGGAAAAUUGGAAAAAUUGAAGGUUUUCGGAAACGAUUACAACACACACGACGGAACCGGUGAAAGAGAUUACAUACACAUAGAAGAUUUAGCGGAAGGACAUUUGAAAGCGUUGAACAAGUUGGAAGAAUCCUCAGGUUUAGGUUUUAAGGCAUACAAUUUGGGAACCGGAAACGGUUACACCGUUUUAGAAGUCAUCGAAACAUUUAAAAACGUAUCGGGACGCGACAUAAAAUACGAAAUAGUCGGGAGGAGAGCGGGUGACAUUGAUUCGAGUUACGCGGAUCCAACGUUGGCAAGAAAAGAAUUGAACUGGUCGGCGAAAAGGACUUUGGUCGACAUGUGUUACGACACGUGGCGAUGGCAAUCUCAAAAUCCGGAUGGAUUUAGGUCUUAA